AUGGAGGAAGCUCUGUUGUUACCAAGCAGAAACACUGAAGAUGGUGUUGUUGUUUCAAGGCCAAGAUUCUCUUCAACACCCAUGCUCAUUUUCACUACUUCUAUUGUUUCUUGUGGCUCUUUAGCAUAUGGGUUCUCAGUGGGUUAUACUUCACCAGCUGAGGCAGGGAUGAUGGCUGAUCUCGGAUUGACAAUUGCAGAAUAUUCAGUUUUUUCUUCAAUAUUGAAAUUUGGUGGAAUGGUGGGUGCUUUAAUCAGCGGCAGAGUAUCAGAUCUUGUUGGACGAAGAGCUACCAUGUGGAUUUUGGAGAUAUUUUUCAUUUUGGGUUGGAUUCUAGUCAUUUUUGGGAAGAAUGGUUGGUGGCUGGACACUGGAAGAUUAUUAAUGGGAAUUGGAUCUGGGAUGCAUUGUUAUGUGGCACCUAUAUAUAUUGGAGAGAUUACUCCCAAAGACAUCCGCGGUGCUUUUGUAGCCGCUGUUACGUUUUCAGUAACUUUGGGCUUCUCAUUGAUGUUUUUUGUUGGCAACUUCAUGAACUGGCGCUCAUUGGCUCUAUUUGGACUAUUACCCAGUCUUAUCCAGGUCGUAGGACUUUUCUUCAUACCAGAGUCUCCUAGAUGGUUGGCAAAAAUUGGUAACACGAAAGGUAUAGAAACAGCUCUACAGCAAUUGAGGGGAAGGGACGCUGAUAUCUCAUCAGAAGCGGCUGAAAUUAUAGAAUUUGCAGAAGCGUUGCAACUAGAACCAAAAUCAAGCCUUUGGGACUUAUUUGACCGAAGAUAUGCUCAUCCACUUCUUGUUGGUGUGGGCUUGAUGCUUCUGGUACAACUAGGAGGAUCAGAUGGAAUUUCAUCUUAUGCUAGUUCAAUAUUUGAAGCUGCUGGUUGCUCUGCUGCUGUGGGAUCUACAAUACUGGCUGUUAUACAGCUUCCUUUUUCAUCUCUAAGUGUCCUACUCAUGGACAAAGCUGGUCGACGUCCACUUUUGAUGGCUACUGCCGCAUUUUCAUGCUUCGGAUGCUUUUUGGCUGGACUCAGUUUCCUUUUUCAGGCCCAUAAUGUAUUGAAGGAGAUCUCUCCCCUGUUGGCAUUGAUCGGAAUACUGAUAAACUCUUCCUCAUUCGGAGCCGGAUUGGGUGGCGCGCCUUGGGUAAUCAUGUCGGAGAUCUUCCCUAUAAACAUAAAAGGCACGGGUGGAAGCCUUGUGACAUUAGGCAACUGGUUUGGUUCUUGGAUUGUCACCUAUGCUUUCAACUUCUUGUUUGAAUGGAGUUCAUCAGGAGUAUUCUUUAUAUUCUCAAUCAUUUGUGCCUCGAUUAUUCUGUUUGUCGCAAAAUUGCUUCCGGAGACUAAGGGACGCACGUUAGAAGAAAUUCAAGCAUCAAUGACACUAUUCAAGAAAAAAGGGUGCCAAGGAUAUUCAGUUAAAAAUAAAAAUAAAAAAUUUAUGGGCAAAAGUGCCGCUGUAUCGCAAAUGGCGUAUCAGAUAAACCUAUAUAGAUCUACCCUAUCAAGCAGUGGUUGUAUGACGUGCCGAAACAAAGAUAUAACACUAAAAAUCAGUUGCUCUCAAAUCAUAGAUCUAACAACUAAAUCUAUGAUGACUGAAUCUUUUAAAGCCAUACGAGCGAACUCCAACGAAUCUGUCGCCAUACCUGCAAACAUCACCGACAAAAAUGUCGUCAUACCAACGAACAUCACCAGAGACGUCGCCGCCAUACCAGCGAACAUCCAUAAGGAAGUCGUCGCCAUACCUAACUAG